AUGACCAGAAAAAAGUCGAAAGCUUUUCGUCCAAGGAACUUAGAUCAAUCAUUUAACGUAGAGAAGGCCGGAAUGGAUUCUCUUUCCUAUGGAAGACUCAUUCUUCUAGGAACAAACGGGGCAGCCACUAGACCAGAGGUUAAUAAGAAUGGUAAUAGAUGUUUGGAACUUUGUCAAAGACCAACUUCGAAUGGAGUCUCUCCAGGUCCUGUGUCCUUCGUCCCAGAUUCAACCAAAUCCGAAGUUGUUACAAAUCCCAGUCGACAUGCCGUUUCCUAUACUUUCAAUCGCACUAAUACGGUUGUGGUGGAGUAUGUUCCAGAUCCAAACAUUGAUCUCUUUCAGAUUGGACGCUAUAAAUCACCCAUUAUCGAUUUCCUUAUUGGAGAUGUCCCUUCACCGACUGAGCGUUCGAGUCCAACAUCGAAUGGACAUGGUAAUGGUUCAUUCCUGGAGAGAUCUCGAGCUAGUAUCUUCUUCGGUAUGUUUGACAGAUCCUCUCCUACGCCAAAGAAACCUGCUGGCUCUCUGUCCACUGUCUCUCGAUUCGCCUGCCGAAUCGAUAUUGAUAGAAGACAUCCGCAUGAGGCCCGCAUUUAUGCUGCGGGAUUCGAUACACGGAAUAAUAUUUUCCUUGGUCCCAAGGGUGACCUUCGAAUUCCCCAAUGGGAAUCACGUGCCAUGGUUCUGCGAGAUAAUAAUCUUAUGAUUAGCCCUGUCGCAGAGUAUAAGGAAGCUUUAAAUGAAAAUGCCUGUAAAUGGCGACACAGUGAUAUUAUGGAUGGGUUCACCACAAAUGGAGUUCGCAUUUUCCGACCUAGUCAGUGGCUCAAACGUGAUCUCAAUGAUGAGGAACAGUCCUCCCUAUGGCGGGAAGUGAGCGUCUGCGGAAAUGUGUACAGGUUGCAUUCCACCAUGUUUGUACCUGGUGAAACUGAUCGGGUGGAGGAGGAGGAUAAUGUGCUGGAGGAUGGAACACUGAUUGAUCUCUGCGGGGCAAUCCUAAUUUGGCGAUCAGCUGAAGGUUUAAGAAAUGGUCUCACACUAACCGAUGUUAGUGAAAUGAUCAACAUUCUCAAUCAGCUUCAUAUCCAGUGUCCAGUUUAUCUCAAAACCCUUCAAUUCAAGGAGUUCUGUGGACCACGAGUUCCUUCUAAGUUCGCCUACAAUGACAAUUACUCAUCCAAUUCUUCUCUCAGUGCAACUUUUGGUGGAGGCAGCCAACCCCAUGUUUACUUGAAUUGUGGGCAUGUUCAUGGGUAUCAUGACUGGCGACCCAUUGGUGAACAUACUGUGGGCGAACGAGACAAGCGAACUUGCCCCCUUUGCAGACAAUCUUCAAGAUUUGUGCGACUUUCAAUCGGUGAGGAAGUUGGAUUUUACGUGGAUCGAGGUGCACCAUCGCAUUGUUUCAACCCCUGUGGACACAUCGCCUCUGAGGCCACCGUUAGAUUUUGGUCCAGUUUGAAGCUUCUAGUGACAAAUCAGACUCCCAUGAUGCCGAAGUGCCCUUUCUGUGCCCAUCCAGUUGAAGGACCCCCCGUGAGACUAAUAUUCCAACAUCGAGCGGACGAGAGUACUCUAAAGGCCGCAUUUGAGGCCUUUAACUGCACUCCUCUCGAUUCACCCUGUAAAGCCGCCCCCUUUGUUUUCACCUCGCAAUCCUCAGCAUCACCUUCUCCUGUUGCAAUCCCCACCGCUCCCGAAAUGAUCUAUUCUGAUAUUGACUAG